AUGAAAUUCGGAGAACAGCUGAAUCGUUCUCUUAUCAGAGAGUACAGCUAUUACUAUAUCUGCUAUGAUGACUUGAAAACCGAGUUAGAGGAGAACCUGGAAGGAAACCGUGGUUCGUGGAGCGAAAAACUAGAAACUCAAUUUUUGGAAUCUCUAGAAGUUGAACUGGACAAAGUCUACACUUUUUGCAAAGUUAAGCACAACGAGGUGGUCAGACGGGUGAAGGAGGCCCAAGAGCAAGUUCAAACUACGGUCCGGUCGUUAGACUCCAAUGUACCCCCAUCGGAACUGGAUUUCGAAAUCUUGGAGGAAGAAUUAUCCGACAUCAUUGCUGAUGUCCAUGAUCUAGCCAAAUUCUCCCGCUUGAACUAUACCGGGUUUCAAAAAAUUAUAAAGAAGCACGACAAAAAGACUAAGUUUGUACUAAGACCUAUAUUUCAGGUUCGUUUAAACUCCAAGCCUUUCUUCAAAGAGAAUUACGAUGACUUGGUGGUCAAAAUCUCACAGCUGUAUGACGUAGUCAGGACCAGAGGUAAUCCUAUCCGUGGUGACUCUUCCUCCGGCGGCAAACAACAAAAUUUUGUUAGACAAACUACCAAGUAUUGGGUCCAUCCAGACAAUAUUACUGAGCUGAAGCUUAUUAUUUUGAAGCAUUUGCCCGUUCUAGUUUUCAAUUCCAACAAAGAAUUUGAACAGGAAGACUCGGCUAUUACUUCCAUAUAUUACGAUAACGAGGACCUAGAUCUUUAUUACGGCCGUCUCAAGAAGGACGAAGGUGCAGAGGCCCAUCGUUUGAGAUGGUACGGCGGUAUGGGUUCCGACACCAUUUUUGUGGAAAGAAAAACCCACAGAGAGGAUUGGACUGGUGAAAAGUCUGUCAAGGCUAGAUUUGCUCUGAAAGAGCGUUACAUCAAUGACUUUCUACACGGUAAGUAUACUGUGGAGCAAGCAUUUCAUAAAAUGCGCAAAGAAGGUAAAAAAAGUUUGAAAGAAAUCGAGAAUUUGGAGGCUCUAGCUGUCGAAGUCCAGUACACUAUGCUCAAAAAGAAGUUGAGACCUGUUGUGCGAUCAUUUUACAACAGAACUGCCUUCCAAUUGCCUGGCGAUGCUCGUGUUCGUAUCUCAUUGGAUACAGAACUAACAAUGGUGAGAGAAGAUAAUUUUGACGGUCAAAAUAGAACUAACAAUAAUUGGAGAAGAAUGGAUAUCGGUGUUGAUUGGCCAUUCAAACAAUUGCCUGAUAAAGAUGUCUGCAGAUUUCCCUACGCGGUCCUUGAGGUUAAAUUACAGACACAAUUGGGCCAAGAGCCUCCAGGAUGGGUUCGCGAGCUUGUGGGUUCUCAUUUGGUCGAGCCAGUUCCUAAGUUCUCUAAGUUCAUUCACGGUGUAGCUUCAUUGUUGGGUGACAAGACGGAAUCUAUACCGUUCUGGUUGCCACAAAUGGAUGUCGACAUCAGGAAACCCGCCAUUCCUACCCACAUCAACAUUAGCAGACCAGGAAGAAGUGAUAACGAAAGUGAAGACGACAUUUACACUAAUGAAUCUCAUCCCGCUGGGAAUUUAUUGGACGCCGAAGAAAGUGUUGGAUAUGGUGCUAUUGGAGAUAGCCCUCAAAACGGCACUGACAAUGGAAGAGCACCAAAUGCUAGACAUGGAUCCGACGCUUACAAAGCCUCUACAAAUACGGUUGUCAAUGCUUUUCACAAAUUUUCUGCCGCUAUUGAUCACUAUCUUCAUGGUGAUCAGAUUACCAAAGUUCCGGAAGGCACGGUAUUUGACACCGAGGUACGCGCCCCGGCAGGUAAGACUUUAUGUGUCCCUGUCCGUGUGGAACCUAAAGUGUAUUUUGCUACCGAGAGAACAUUUUUGUCGUGGAUGUCAAUUGGUCUGACGCUGAAUGCGGUCGCAAUUUCGAUGCUUAACUACGGUACAGGGGCCACCAUGGUGGCCUCAGUAGGAUUCUUUUGCACAGCACUGGUAACUAUUGUGUACAAUCUCUUCGUGUAUUGCAAGAGAGUUGUCAACAUCCGUAUGAAGCGCGCGAUCGAUUACCAUGACAAAGUAGGCCCCCCAUUGGUUUGCGGAUUCUUGAUUCUGUCUACCAUGUUCAGCUUUUACUGCAAAUGGGCCUCGUAG